AUAUAGGUCUUUUAGUGUGUACCCAGCGUCGGGGUAAAUCAGAAACAUGGCGGAGUACCUCGCGUCGAUUUUUGGUACAGAAAAGGACAAGGUAAACUGCUCCUUUUACUUCAAGAUUGGAGCAUGUCGACACGGAGAACGAUGUUCCCGUCUUCACAACAAGCCCACUUUCAGCCAGACUGUACUGAUUGAGAACUUAUACAUGAAUCCUCAAAAUACAGCACUGACAGCUGAUGGAUCACAUAUCCAGAUGGACGAUACAGAAUUACAACAAUUUUAUGAUGAAUUCUUUGAAGAAGUUUAUGUAGAAUUGGAAAAGUAUGGAGAAAUAGAGGAGAUGAACGUCUGUGACAACCUGGGGGAUCAUCUGGUUGGAAAUGUCUAUGUUAAGUUUCGAUAUGAGGAAGAUGCAGAAAAAGCAGUAAAUGAGCUAAACAACAGAUGGUUCAAUGGACGACCAGUUCAUGCAGAAUUGUCUCCUGUCACAGACUUCAGAGAAGCAUGCUGUCGGCAGUAUGAGAUGGGGGAAUGUACACGAGGUGGAUUCUGUAACUUUAUGCACUUGAAGCCAAUAUCCAGAGAACUGAGACGUGAACUAUAUGGUCGAAGUCGUAGGAAGGUCAGAAGAUCCCGUUCACGGUCACCUCCAACCAGACGUAGCAGGAGUCGCAGCAGAGAACGCAACAGACGGUCAAGGUCUCGGGAACGUAGAUCAAGGUCACGCAGUAGAGAGAGGAGAAGAUCCAGAGAAAGAGACGGAAGGCAUGGAAGAUACUGAGCAGAGAUUGAUUAAUUUGUCGCCAUCUUUUUUUAUGUGUUUUAAUGAACUUAAAACUGUGCAGAUUUAUCAUUGUCAUUCACUAGUGUUUUGAGCAUCAUUAAAUUGAUUUUGGAGUAUAUGAAA